AUCAUCAUUACAUAUUUAGAGGGAUUGAAAUGGUCACAUGAAAGACAUAAAAAGACCCGCGCAGCAGCCAAAAACAUCCGAUUUGCUUAUUUCUAAAGUGGAAGAAGCAUACUAAGUGUUGGUAGUAGAUACAAUUACAAUACCCACUUGAUUCAGCUCUUCAAACUAAACAUGGGCUUUCCUCUGCUCACAUGAACUUCAGGGCACUGAAAUAAAGCAUAACAGAAACGUGAUCUUUCUGCGGCCUGUACUCUUCAGGUAUAAAUAGAGUGCAAUUAACGUCACUGCUGCAGGGCAGCGUUGGAGACAGGGCACUUACCCUGCUAAUUUUAGGGAUCUUUUGCCCUAGCGUAAACUCUGGAAAUGGGAAUACUGUAACGCUAUACCAGCGGGCAGGUCACGAGGUGACUGGCAGAGACGGCACUCAGACCACAGAGACUGCUUUAUUCUGACUGAAAACAGAUGCAAUACGAGCAAGAAUAUAUAUUUACCUAAAUAUUGAUGUCCGGCAUGUGACGGGUGUCAUGUGAGCAGAGUGAGGAAAAGAAGCUGCAGCUGCUAAAGAGGGGUUCAUUUCGUGUGUCAACCCUGCUGAACAAGAUCAUACAUCCAAGGGCACUGGAUAGCUGCCCUGACCUCCGACCUCUCUGGAAAGGGUGCCGGAGUGCUCACCCUUGUUGAGUGAAGCCCAACCUGUAUCUCCGUCAUCUCCAACCAACCCACGGUGGUGCCAUGCCUCAAUCCAGGACAGCUGGAGUUCCAGUCCAGUCCAGGAGGCCGAGUCUGGGGAUCCGCCCCGGCCCCUCUCCGCUGGGCCUGCUGCUGCUCUGGAUCACCCUGUUAACCAGCCCUCUGAGUAGUGUGUGUGGAGCACCAGCUCCCCCAAAGUUCACCAAGAUUCCCACAGACCAGAUCGGAGUGUCAGGGGGUGUGGCAUCAUUUGUGUGCCAGGCCAGCGGCCAUCCUAAGCCUGUCGUCUACUGGAACAAGAAGGGCAAGAAGGUCAACUCCCAGCGUAUUGAGACUGUCGAGUUUGAUGACGGUGCAGGUGCUGUGCUGAGGAUCCAACCACUCCGAGCACCUCGAGAUGAGAACAUCUAUGAGUGUGUGGCACGCAACAGUGAAGGAGAGGUGUCUGUCACUGCAAAGCUGGCCAUUAUCAGAGAGGACCUGUUGCCAUUUGGCUUCCCUAGUAUAGACAUGGGUCCCCAGCUGAAGGUGGUGGAGAGGACAAGGACGGCCACCAUGCUGUGCGCAGCCAGCGGCAUUCCCGACCCAGAGAUCACCUGGUUCAAAGACUUCCUCCCUAUCGACCCCGUCAGCAGCCAUGGUCGCAUCAAACAGCUCCGAUCAGGAGCGCUACAGAUUGAGAACAGCGAGGAAACGGACCAAGGGAAGUACGAGUGUGUGGCCACCAACUCUCAAGGCGUGCGCUACUCCUCCCCUGCCAACCUGUAUGUGCGAGUGCGCCGUGUGCCCCCCCGUUUCUCCAUCCUCCCUUCCAACCAUGAGAUCAUGCCAGGAGGGAGCGUCAACAUCACCUGCGUGGCCGUGGGUUCGCCCAUGCCCUACGUCAAGUGGAUGCUGGGAAGUGAGGACCUGACCCCAGAGGAUGAAAUGCCGAUUGGACGGAACGUGCUGGAGCUCAACGGCGUCCGGGAGUCCGCAAAUUACACCUGUGUGGCCAUGAGCAGCCUGGGCAUCAUUGAGGCCACCGCUCAGGUCUUAGUAAAGACUUUGCCGAAGCCUCCCGGCACACCCAUUGUCACAGAGACCACCGCUACCAGUGUGACCAUCACCUGGGACUCCGGUAACCCAGACCCGGUCUCCUACUACAUCAUCCAGUACAGAGCCAAAGGGCCGGACAGCAAGUACGAGAUGGUGGACAGCAUCACCACCACCCGCUACAGCAUCGGGGGACUGUACCCCAACACCGAGUACGAAAUCAGAGUGUCAGCCUUCAAUAGCAUCGGCCAGGGCCCCCCCUCUACACGCGUGGAGGCCCGCACAGGCGAGCAGGCCCCGGCCAGCCCGCCCCGAAACGUCAGGGCCCACAUUAUAUCCCAGAACACAGUGAUGGUCCGCUGGGAGGAGCCGGAGGAACCCAAUGGACAGGUGAAAGGCUACCGUGUGUACUACACCAUGGACCCGUCCCGGUCCAUGAACGAGUGGCAGAUCCAUAACGUCCAGGACAGCGUGAUCACCACCAUUCAGAGCCUGGUGACCUCCAAGACCUACACCAUCCAGGUCCUAGCCUUCACCUCUGUAGGGGACGGACCCUUCUCAGACCCCGUCCAUGUUAAAGUCAUGCCUGGAGUCCCGGGCCAGCCGGGAAAGUUUAAAGUCGGUAAGGUGACCGACACCAGCAUUGAGCUGACCUGGGAACCCGCCUACACAAAGGAGGGCAUUGUCAACUAUGAGCUGCUCUACAAACCUGUCAAGUUUGGCAGCUUGGAGAAGCUGACAUUCGGGCCGAGGAUUUCUUACACAGUGGAAGGUCUCAAAGCGAACACCGAGUACUCCUUCUCCCUGGCCGCCAUCUCAAACAAAGGCAUCGGCGCUUUCACCAACGAGCUGGUGCAGAGGACGUCACAAGCCAAGCCCUCAGCUGCCCCCGAGGGUGUGUCGUGCGAGAGUGCCAGCUCCACUUCGCUGAGAGUAAAUUGGAAGCCGCCUCGAAUCGAGGGUCAGAAUGGUGAAUUGGCAGGUUAUGAGCUGAGAUACCUGAGAGUUUCUGGGGCUGAAGGUGGAGGGCAGGGCCAGGAUGUGAAUGGGCCUCCUAUCCCGGCCCAGGAGGGGCAGACAUUGUUAGGGGGGCUGGAGAAAUGGAGCUGGUACAACAUCAGCGUGGCAGCCUUCAAUGCAGAGGGGGCCGGACCCAACAGCCCUGUGGUGACCUGCAGAACUAAUGAGGACGUUCCCGGUGCAGCCCCUCGUGAGGUGGAUGUCAAGCCGCUCAACUCCUCAGCACUUCGGGUCACUUGGCGGUCAGUGUUGCCACGGUUACGGCAAGGCCAGGUCCGUGGCUACCAAGUGCAUUUCAGCCGUGCAAAGCGCAGUGACUCACGAAACCUUCCCCGGAUCAAAGACCUCUUAUUGGAUGAGUCCCAGAUGGAGGAGGCUGACUCAACUCAAUAUGAGCUGAUUUUAGGGGAUCUGAAAGCAGAGACUGUGUACUCCAUCUCAGUGGCAGCGUACACCACCAAAGGGGAUGGAGCGCACAGCAAAGCCAAACUGGUGCAGACCCUGGGGAUUGUGCCCGGCCCCCCCUCUCUUUGGGUGCGUCCAGGACCCGGUCCAUCAGCGGUGGUUCGGUGGGCUCCUCCGGUGGAGUGCUCUGAGUCAGGCUCUGAAAGCCGAGGGGCCCCUGUGGAAAUCCAGGGCUACCGCCUACAGUUUGGCCUGAAGAAUACCUCAUUAGACACCACAGUGGAUUUCACAAAUAAAGAAAAAAACUUCACUGUCGGAAACCUUUCCCCUGGUUCCUCUUACGUCUUUGCUCUCUCCGCGAAGAGCCGAGCGGGCUUCGGAGACGUGGUGCAACAUGAGAUAACAGUUCCCAUCUUCCCACCCUCGGGAUACCCCAUAAUUAUUGACUUUAUUAAUGCCACCUGCUGCUCCCUCCAGUUCUCCUGGCUGCCCCCUGCCUCAGAGGAGAGCAACGGUGUCAUCACAGAGUUCACCAUAUCUUACAAAGAGGCUGCAGGCCCCAAACCCUCCGCUGACCCUGGCCCCUCAGCCAUACCAGCCCCCACUGCUCCCCCUUGGCUGAUCAUGUCACCAGCGAGUGAGUCCAGCUACACCAUCCUGGGCCUCAAUCCCAGCACGGCCUACGAGGUGCAACUAAGAGCCCACAACAAAGCAGGGCCAGGCCCCUACAGCCCACCUUUGAAGGGCCGAACCCUGGCCUUUGAAACAGAUGUGCCGAGGAAUUUUUCAGUCAAUCUGGCCACUAAGACCAGUGUUCUUCUGACCUGGGAGUUUCCAGAGAGCGCCAACCCCUAUCGCUUUACUGUGGAGUAUAACCGACAGAAGAUGGAGGUGGACGCUCGUCUGAGAAAGGCAGUCAUCCCAAACCUUCAGCCUGACACCAGCUACGACUUUAAGAUCACGGCUCCGGAGGGAAACAUGGGAGGCCUUCGCCACCGCAUCUCCGCAAAGACCUCCCCGCCAAUCGUCAUCCGCCGCGCCGAGAUUGACCACACCCGUGACACUGAGACCACAGUCACCAUCAUCCUGCCGUCGCUGGAGUCUCGCUCUCCUGUCAAGAAUGUGUAUGUUGUUGUGGUUCCGUUGCGGAGAGCUCGCGGCGUUAUCAGACACCUCAAGAACCCGGAUGAAAUGGACCUUGAGGAGCUGUUGAAAGACAUCAGUCAAAAGCAGAGAGUUUCUCGGCAGCAGAAGCAGGUGGACCUGCGGCGGGCUUACAUCACAGCCCGUUUCACACCUGCCACCUUACCGGCGUUCUUCACCCUCGGGGACCAGCUGGACUACGGAAGCUUUGAGAACCGAGCUCUCGAGGCGGGGCAGGAGUACGUCUUCUUCAUCCUGGCCGAGCUCAACUCCACCACCGGGAAGAUGUACGUGGCCAGCCCCUACACAGACCCCGUGAUCGCCCCAGAUUCAGAUCCCCAGCCCCUCGAUGCAGGUGAUGGUCUGAUAUGGGUGGUUGGACCCGUCCUGGCUGUGGUCUUCAUCAUCUGCAUCGUCAUCGCUAUCCUGCUUUACAAAAACAGCAAACCUGACAGGAAGCGCAAGGACUCUGAACCCGGAACCAAGAGCCUUUUGAGCAACGCAGAGCUGAUGGCCCACCACCCGACAGACCCUGUGGAGAUGAGACGCAUUAACUUCCAGACUCCCGGAAUGAUGAGCCAUCCUCCCAUCCCCAUCAGUGAGCUGUCUGAGCACAUAGAGCUGCUGAAAGCCAACGACAACCUGCGACUCUCUCAGGAGUACGAGUCGAUCGACCCCUGUCAGCAGUUCACCUGGGAGCAUUCAAACCUGGAGGUCAAUAAGCCCAAAAACCGCUACGCUAACGUCAUCGCCUACGACCACACGAGAGUCGUCCUGGCUCCCAUCGAAGGUAUCCUGGGGAGCGACUUCAUCAACGCCAACUACAUCGAUGGCUACAGGAAGCAGAAUGCCUACAUCGCGACGCAGGGGUCCCUGGCGGAGACGUUCGGGGACUUUUGGAGGAUGGUGUGGGAGCAGCGGGCCGCCUCUGUGGUCAUGAUGACGCGCCUGGAGGAGAAGUCACGGAUAAAGUGUGACCAGUACUGGCCAAGUCGCGGCACAGAGACAUACGGGAUGAUCCAGGUCACUCUUCUGGACACAAUGGAGCUCGCCACGUUCUGUGUCCGCACACUUUCUCUGCAUAAGAGUGGCAGCAGUGAGCGGCGAGAGGUGCGUCAGUUCCAGUUUACAGCUUGGCCGGAUCACGGAGUGCCAGAGUACCCGACCCCCUUCCUCAACUUCCUCCGCAGGGUCAAAGCCUGCAAUCCUCCUGACGCCGGACCGAUCACCGCUCACUGCAGUGCUGGUGUUGGUCGCACUGGCUGUUUCAUUGUCAUUGACGCCAUGCUGGAGCGCAUUCGACACGAGCGCACUGUGGACAUCUACGGUCACGUGACCCUGAUGCGCUCACAGAGGAACUACAUGGUGCAGACGGAGGACCAGUACAGCUUCAUCCACGAGGCCCUGCUGGAGGCUGUGGCCUGCGGGAACACCGAGGUGGCCGCCCGGAGUCUGCACUCCUACAUGCAGAAGCUGUCCAAGGUGGAGACUGGGGAGCACAUCACCGGCAUGGAGCUGGAGUUCAAGCGGCUGGCGAACACCAAAGCCCACACGUCCCGGUUUGUCACAGCCAACCUGCCUUGCAACAAAUUCAAGAACCGACUGGUCAACAUCAUGCCCUACGAAAACACCCGCGUCUGCCUCCAGCCAAUCAGAGGCCUGGAGGGCUCCGACUACAUCAACGCCAGUUACAUAGACGGAUACAGGCAGCAGAGAGGCUACAUUGCCACGCAGGGCCCGCUGGCUGAGACGACGGAGGAUUUCUGGAGGAUGCUGUGGGAACACAACUCCACUAUAGUGGUCAUGCUCACUAAACUGAGAGAAAUAGGCCGGGAGAAGUGUCACCAGUACUGGCCCGCUGAGCGCUCCGCCAGGUAUCAGUACUUCGUGGUGGACCCCAUGGCUGAGUACAACAUGCCUCAGUACAUCCUCCGGGAGUUCAAAGUUACGGAUGCCAGAGAUGGCCAAUCACGGACAGUGCGUCAGUUCCAGUUCACUGAUUGGCCAGAGCAAGGUGUGCCCAAAUCUGGGGAGGGCUUCAUCGAUUUCAUUGGCCAAGUCCACAAAACCAAGGAGCAGUUCGGCCAGGAUGGACCGAUCAGCGUUCACUGCAGUGCUGGCGUGGGGCGGACAGGGGUCUUCAUCACUCUGAGUAUUGUCCUGGAGAGGAUGCGUUACGAAGGGGCCGUGGACAUCUUCCAGACCGUCAAGAUGCUGCGCACACAGAGACCGGCCAUGGUGCAGACUGAGGAUGAGUACCAGUUCUGCUACCAGGCUGCGCUGGAGUACCUGGGUAGCUUUGACCACUAUGCAACGUAAGUGAAGAGACGAUCAUCCCUCCAUCGUUCUGCUUCGAGGUCCACAAACAAAGCGACAAGCGCAACGAGAGAAACAACUUGAAAUCACGUGAACUUUUAACCUUAUCCCGGGAGCAAGACUCAAAGAUGAAUUCUACAGCAACAAGGACAAAAAGCAACAACAAAAACAGCAACAAUAAAAAUCUGUGUCUGACAGCACCCACGCUCAUCGGGGGUUUCCCCGAGGGGCCGGUGGGUGUGGAGACUAUCCAUGUGUAAUCCAUAUACUUACCUCAGUGUUCCAGUGUGAAGGACGUAUAAUACAUGUGUGUUGUGGUCAGCUAUCUAUGAACAAGUGAAAUACAAACAGCUUCUGGACAGGAAUUAUGAUACUAAAUGUGUAUUUAAAAAAACAACACAAAGAGCCUGGAUAUUUGCUGCACCCUUAAUGGGCUUUUUAUCCUCAACUUUGUAUCUUCUGGUUUGGUGUACUAAGGGGUUACGAAGUGCAACGGUGAACAUUUCUAUGUGUCUGUGAGUCUGUUUCAAAGGUGUCUAAUGCUACCACCAAUAGCUCUGAUCAUAUAGUUUAUAGCAGAUGACGAGGUCGUGCCUCAGCAGAAGCAUAAAGUGGAGACUCGACACCCUGAGGACUGUUGGAGAAGCAUGUGGAUGCUCCUGUACCCAACGCCGUGCCAAGAGAAACCAGGCAGCGGGAACAUGAACUGUGGCCUACGAGGAGAGACGGCUUCCUCUUUUAUCCAGCAUAAUAACAUAAAGUCAGACGAGAGACCUCUUAACACGCUGGCCAAGGAUGAGUUUGCGCUCCCCAAAAGUGUCCUCGCUGUAACAGCUGGCCUCAGACAGUGAUCAGAGCCCGUCAUGUCCUCAGCUGGGCCCAGAUUGGUAAUCCAGAGCAUUCUCCAUUAAUCAAAGCUUGCUUGCUAUUUGCUGUAGUCCUUGUUCAUCCUCCAACUCUUCUCCUCCUGAAGACUGCCCCUUAUUGUGUCGGCUCAGCAGCGGCUUAUUGAAAGAAAUGCUGAUGACAGAAUUGAGCUUCAAUCCAGUUCAAACCGUUCUCAUCCCAUUUGCUCCCUCAUGAUUUUUCUACGUUUUUACUGUACGUCUUUGCCUUAUGCUGACUUUAGUCUCGUGUUUGAACAUGCUGCUUCAUGCUCAUGCGUUGUGUGCUAAACUUGUAUUGUCAUACAGUAUCUUGAACCGAGGAGGAACCUUGUUUCCCAAUCAUCUUCCUCUUCUGAAGCUUACUUACUUGAAUUGCAACACUUUGCAGUUAAUUGAGUCCGGUGUUUUACUAUUUAAGGAUACUGGCAGUGAAAGACAAUGAGAGAAAUCCCCCAAAAAACAUCAGCGCAUUUGGUGGAUUGAACUCUACCGUCACCCGUCGGUCCAACCUCCACAUACACUCCAUUUAAAUCUCUGUUGCUAAAUCACUCUGUACAGAACAUCCCAAUUUAACCAAAUUAUGUUUUAUUCUCUGACUCCUCCAGUACAACUGCACAAAUAUGUGAUAUCGAGAUAUAUAUAUAUAUAAUAUCGAUAUGACAUAUAAUCAUCGGUCCCACAGCGAUGUUUCAGUGUACCGACACCCGGGGGAUUUCACACAUGUUGUACAUACAGUCACCAUACGAGUCCUAUACAGUACAGUUACAUACGUCUGAGCACAAGAUAUAACGUGGGAUUGGAUGUGAUGUAGUUCUUAUUGUCACAAAAAAAAAGCCUUAUUGUUAUUGUUCACUUUGUCAUAUUUAUUUCAUAUGAUUUUUUAAAAGAUAUUUAUUAUUCUAUUUUGUUACUUUUUACGUUUGUUUUUAAUCUAUUUAUUUGGGAUAUCUAGCAACUAUAACCAAUAAGAUGUUGUUUACUUGUUUCUUUGGCAAGCCAAUGUUAAAGUAUGAUAUUGUCACUGUUUGUUUUUUUAUUUUUAAUGGUCAGUUGUGGUGCUUUUUUAUUUGCUCUAUUAUUACAAAGUAUGCCCUCUGUGUAGGGUGCUAUUUGAUACUGAUUACUGAUGUCCAACUAGUUAGCUAGAGAUGUACAUUAGAGGCAGAACUAGUUUAAGUUUACAGUGGUGCCCCCCCUGAUGCCCCCCCACUCACCCGACAGCAGCAGCAGUGGCGUGACCAUAGCAACAGGGGCACGGUCAGCCCCGUGUGAUAGGUUUAAGGGCGUCCGAGAAGUUAGAUAUAUAGAGCAGACCUGUUGAUGAGAACCUCAGACGAGCUGUUGGUAUUUAGUUUGCUGCAAAGCAAAUGGUAGCAAGUGUAUUUUUGACAGAUAAUGGGUUAACAAUGGCCCCAGCUACACACAUCCUCAAAAGUUAUGUUUGUAUCUGAAAAUAUUCUGAUAUCAAAUCUAUGUGUGGUCCAGAAGUCUUGAAAGUGUGCAACAUAUAUGAAAUAUGUUAUUACUUCGAUUUCUAAUGAUUAUUGUGUCAAGAGAAAUAUAAAAACCCACACACGUGAAACAUAAAAUGAAAUGUGUUGAGGGCCAGCUCUGGUGAACCAUCCCCCUCACGUAUGUACCUGUUCUUUCUUUUCAAACCAUGGAUGUAGAUAUUGUAUCUUGACUUUGUAUUAAAAGCAGGAUGACUGGAUAUACAGCACAAUGA